AUCGCUACAAAAAAAAUCUCUUCUUUUAGCGUUUCUUCAACUGUUCAUACUUCAUUCCUCCUUUGUCUGUCGAUCCUGGGACAGACAGCACAGCUUUCCGUUACGAUGCUCAUCAUAUUUCUUUUCCCUAUUUUCAGCGCAGCCACAAUAUGCGCAGCUAGAGUUCUUUUUCUUUUAAAUGGGUUCCCUCUACACCUAUAGACUAUUCUAUAGGUCUGGGAUCGCGAUUCUGGUAUGCGUUUCCUAUGGCGUUUGUUUUGGCCUCAUCUUCGUUACUUUAUCUGCGGGUGGAUCAUCUUGCAGUCUUGCACACUUAACGCCCCUCUUGUUAUCGUUCUCGUUUUUCUCUUCUACUACGACUGCAGCGAAAUUGGCUGGGCAGGCAUGCGCUGUGCCCUGCGUUCUGUCGCUCUUGCCGGUUUUGCUUGACCUGAUCACCUGCCUUGAUGUCUGCUGCUGGGAUUUUCAUUCUUUUGCCUAUUCAAAAUACACAAAAAACAUUCUGAGCUUGGCUCAUACUUUGCCAGAAUCUUUGGCCCUCAAACAUGUAUCUCAUUCCUCUGCCCAUUGGUGCUUGUGCUUUAUCUGGACUGGCACCCAAGUCGCACUCCUAUGGUCCGAGAUCCAACAGCCGCUGGUCCGUUUGAAUCUGGCGAUCUCGAAUCGGUUUCGGAGUUACCUCCAUCCUUGAGUGCUGAGAAACAAUGUAUAUCCUGUUGUGCUAUCUGCGCCUGUAUCUCAAAACUCGCGGGACCUGACCCGAAAGAAAUACAAUUCCCCACCAGGUGGCCUUCCUUGCUCCAGGGGCUCAAUCGAGUUUGCACGUCAUGCGAUGUUGCAUCCAUAGCUCGGUUUUUAAUUUUGCCUAUACCGCAGCAUCCAUGCUAGUACACCGUGGUUUCAAAGCGCCCUCUCGUGGACUACUUUCGAGGGCGACCAUUACAUCCAAACUCUGUCCCGACGCGCCGAUAGAUGAGGUCGUGGUCUAACUCAGCCAUCG